CCCAUUACGUAAUUCCACUAAACAUCUUUCUUUUCGUUCAUUCAUUCUUUCCUUCCCUCUCUAUAUAUUCCUUUCCAUCUUCAGUGUUCAAUCUAUGUCUCUCAGCCUCUUGAGAUUUAAAUAGAGUGACUGAGAGAGAGAGAAAUAGUAAUAAUAUAAUAUAAUAACAAGUAUCGAGUUCAGUCUUCAGAUUACAGUGUAGAAAACUCCACAUUUGAGCAUUGAUAUGGGGAGAUUUACAUUACCCAUUUUGGGUUUUCUGCUCCUAUGCUGCCUAGUAGCGGCAUCAGAAGCAACAACGACCCCGAAAUACAAAGACCCAAAACAGAAAUUGGGUGUAAGAAUCAGAGACCUUAUGAAUAGAAUGACAUUGGAGGAGAAGAUUGGCCAGAUGGUUCAGGUAGAGCGCAGUGUGGCAACCCCAGAUGUGAUGCAGAAGUACUUCAUUGGGAGUGUAUUGAGUGGUGGAGGGAGUGUACCAGCUCCAAAAGCUUCUCCUGAGGCGUGGGUUGAUGCGGUGAAUACCAUUCAAAAGGCAUCUUUGUCUACUCGUCUUGGGAUUCCUAUGAUUUAUGGUAUUGAUGCUGUUCAUGGCCACAACAAUGUCUACAAUGCCACUAUUUUCCCCCAUAACGUUGGACUUGGAGUGACCAGAGAUCCUAUGCUUAUUAAGAAGAUUGGAGAGGCAACUGCCCUUGAAGUCAGGGCAACAGGAAUUCCUUAUGCCUUUGCUCCAUGUAUUGCGGUCUGCAGAGAUCCGAGAUGGGGAAGGUGCUAUGAAAGCUAUAGUGAGGACCAUAGCAUCGUUCAAGCAAUGACUGAGAUUAUUCCUGGUUUGCAAGGAGAUCUCCCUGCUCACUCUCGAAAGGGUGUUCCUUUUGUUGGUGGAAAAACAAAAGUUGCGGCCUGUGCUAAGCAUUAUGUGGGAGAUGGUGGAACAACAAAGGGCAUUAAUGAGAACAACACUGUGAUCAGUUCAAAUGGUUUGUUUAGCAUUCACAUGCCUGCAUACUAUAACUCCGUCAUUAAGGGUGUCGCAACUGUUAUGGUUUCGUACUCGAGCUGGAAUGGAAAAAAGAUGCAUGCCAAUCGUGAACUUGUCACUGGAUUUCUAAAGAACCAACUUAGAUUCAGGGGAUUUGUCAUAUCAGAUUGGCAGGGUAUUGACAGGAUUACUUCACCUCCCCAUGCUAACUAUUCAUAUUCAGUUGAAGCUUCAGUUAAUGCUGGAAUCGACAUGAUUAUGGUUCCUUAUAACUUUACCGAGUUUAUUGAUAUCCUAACCUAUCAAGUGAAAAACAAUAUCAUCCCCAUUAGUAGAAUUGAUGAUGCAGUGAAGAGGAUCUUGAGGGUUAAAUUCAUCAUGGGCCUCUUUGAGAAUCCGCUUGCUGAUUCUAGUCUAGCCAACCAGCUUGGCAGUAAGGAACAUAGAGAAUUGGCAAGGGAAGCUGUAAGAAAAUCUCUAGUACUACUAAAGAACGGAAAAUCGGCUUCUCAGCCAUUGCUUCCCCUUCCCAAGAAAGCAAAAAAGAUACUAGUUGCAGGAAGUCAUGCAGACAACUUGGGCAAUCAAUGUGGAGGCUGGACAAUUUCAUGGCAGGGCCUUAGUGGAAACGAUCUUACCAUUGGUACCACAAUCCUCAAUGCAGUGAAGAACACGGUUGAUCCUACCACUCAAGUUGUCUACAGUGAAAAACCUGAGGCAGACUUUGUCAAAUCAAACAAAUUUGACUAUGCCAUUGUUGUUGUGGGCGAGCCUCCGUAUGCAGAAACAUUUGGUGACAGCUUGAACCUGACAAUAGCUGAGCCUGGUCCAAGCACAAUGAAAAAUGUCUGUGGAGCUGUUAAAUGUGUUGUUGUUGUUGUUUCUGGCCGCCCUGUCGUGAUUGAGCCCUACGUUGCCACCAUCGAUGCGCUUGUUGCAGCAUGGCUACCAGGAACCGAAGGCCAAGGUGUUGCCGAUGUUCUGUUUGGUGAUUAUGGAUUCACUGGGAAGCUUGCUAGGACAUGGUUCAAAACUGUGGACCAGCUUCCAAUGAAUGUCGGUGACCGACACUAUGAUCCUCUGUUUCCCUUUGGUUUUGGUUUAACUACCAAGGCUAAAUACUAGAAAAUCAAAAUCCACAUGGGAUAAUCUCCCUCACAUGUCAUUCUACGAGCCUUGAAAGUAUAUAUCUUUGUCAUUGAUUCUUCUCCUAAAUUUGUCAAAACUUUGAGUAAAAUUAUAUUUAAGAAUGAUUAGCAUUAACAUU